CUGGGACCGGAGUUAAUCUCAGGAGUAGCAGCAAGAAUUGGCUUGCCCUAGUUCUUGAUUUUCCGAGAUCGUGAGGUGUGGACUGGCAUUCCACUUCGCACCAUCAUUGCUUUUUGGACUGGAAUAUGCACUCACAUUAUAUUCCUUCCAAUAGCUUCGUUCUUCGUUCUUCUUUCGCUCACCCCUCAGUCUCAAGGACAACUUCUUUUCUAGAUAUCUCCAUGUCAUCCACCCAUUCCUCAAAAGCUAUGAACAACCGUCACAUCAACCUCAAUCAAAUCGACUUAGAUCUACACCGCCUCACCAAUAUCCAACUGGACACCAUUCGUCAGAGUUAUCCAGACAACGUUGCCGUGGGCGCUGAGUGGACCAGAAGACAGCCAGUUCGCCCUCUUUAUAUCACCCCAAAAUCCACCGAGAACCAUCUCAUUACUCUCAACGGAAUCGACCUCGAUCUCCCCCACCUCACCGAUAUCCAAUUCGACACCGUUCGGCGUGGCUGCCCUAACCAUCCUGCUGUGAACGCCGAGUGGGAGCGUCGGCACCCCAGCCCUCCUGCUCCCGCGUAUUACACCGCAGAGAACGAGAUAUCCGUACAUCGAAUCACUGCAAUCGAAACGUAUGCGUCAAGCUCUAGAAGCACUGAUGCCUUUACAGACGAAAUGGACUGGGAGCCCACGCAGUGGAAGCAGACAACACCUUCUGUGAGCCUCACCGCAGUCUCCCAUAUAUGUCGCUGCCCUCCAUGCAACAUUCUCGAGUCCCGACAACGACAGGAGAGAUCAUAUUUCCGAGUUCGAGUUCGAGCGAUUGCCGACCACCAAAGAGGAAUCGAAGAAGAACUCGAAGAGGAUUCGGAAGUCGAUGGCGAGGGCAACCACAAGGCAAAGGGCAUCAAAUACCCUUACAUUCUCGGGCCAAUAGCAGACACUGUUUUCGAAUCUCAUUACCUGCCAGGACCUCGCCUCAAAGAUACGAUUCGAGGAGACCCCAUCGACCCCUUCGUCGGCUCAAGCGCCAAUGGGUGCACUUAUUCAUCUCCAGAGAGCACCGAUUCCGAGCUCGAGGAACCUCGACUCUUCCCCAUCUCUCCAUCGCAAGCAUUCACCCCGUUCCACAUUACUCCCUGUUUCUCCCUCCAAUACCUCCCCGCAGCUUCGCUCCCAGAAACCCGCCGUUCCUCACCCUCGAGACAAGAAGAGCGUUUCAACUUCGAGGACAGCGCCGAGAAUGGUCCAGUGAUGAAUCCUUUUGGGAUCACUUCACAAAGAAAUUUGCCUCGUGGAAAUGAAAAGACAAAAGAACAUUCGUGGUUUCAAGAGCUUGCGGCGCAGAAUGCUUUGUUUAGCGCUCUCCCGGUCUUUGAUACUAUUAUCGAGUCGGAUGUCCAAGAUGAGGAUGCCCCUGAGACUGCAAUGAAUUCUCCUGUUGAGCUGAUUGUUCCCAGUGUCCCGUACAUUUCAGAUGGAGAAGGGGAUGCGGAUGAGGAGGACAAUGCUGUGAAGAUUAGCAGGGAGUUAGAGGAUGUUCGUCUUGCGGAGGAGGAUGAGUGGCAAGAAGAGGGAAGCUCUCAUGCGACGGGUGAAGGUGGAGAGGCGGAUGAUGAGGAUAGGAAUUUUGAGUUUGGUGAGGAGGGGUAUGUGUUUGUUAAUGGGAAUGAACAGUCUGAUACUGGUGGGUCGUGGAGCCUUUUGAGGACCUGGAAUGGGACAGCGAGGAGAGGGAGCAGACGUCCUUCUUUAGUUGAUGAAGAGAGUGAAGUCCGACCCUGGUAGAUGGUGAGAGUUAUGGACAGUGGAGGAGUUGGUAUGGGGACCCUGUUUAUUCAUAUCUUGCUUCGGGAUGCGCGGUGUUACUGGGUAUGGUUAUUCCCUUGGACUCGGAAUGGAGGUGUGAAAGGUAUAAGAAUUAGCAGUGAGAGACUCUAUGUCUGCUCACCAUUUUAUGCAUCCAUAAAAGUGGAUCACGCGUGGUGCUCCUCAAGCCACAUCUGU